UUCAUCUAUAAUAUAUAAAUAAAAGUGGAGACUUGGUUUUGUGCCUUGUUAUCAUCAUCACUAGUGCAUCAAAAGAGAGUUUCUUUUUCCCUUGUCUACUUUUGAGUUGAUUUAAUCAAAGGAUGGGAAGGCAGCCCUGUUGUGAUAAGGUAGGGUUGAAGAAAGGGCCAUGGACUGCUGAAGAAGACAAGAAGCUUAUUAACUUCAUCCUCACCAAUGGCCAAUGCUGCUGGAGGGCAGUCCCUAAGCUUGCAGGGCUGUUAAGGUGUGGCAAGAGUUGCAGGCUGAGAUGGACGAAUUAUCUCAGACCAGAUUUGAAGAGAGGACUUUUGUCUGAAUUUGAAGAGAAAAUGGUGAUCGAUCUCCAUGCUCAACUCGGCAACAGGUGGUCUAAGAUAGCUUCUCGUCUCCCCGGAAGAACUGAUAAUGAGAUCAAGAACCAUUGGAAUACACACAUCAAGAAGAAGCUGAGGAAAAUGGGGAUCGAUCCUCUCACCCACAAGCCAUUAUCCACUGCCGAAGAACAUCAUCGUCCCCAACAGCAAGACCAAAAGAAACAAGAUGACAAAACAAUGGAACCCGAAACAUCAUCUUCCUUAAACUCCACAAUGUCUAAACCAAAAGAGGAGGAAGACCACCCGAUGGUGAAAGACGUCGAUAUCAAUGGUUUUUGCACCGAUGAGGUUCCUUUGAUGGAACCCCAUGAAACUUUGGUUCCUAAUUGUGCACCAUCAACGUCCUCAUCCUCACCAUCUUCCUCUUCUUGUCACUCUUCCAUGUUCCUUGAAGAGCUACAGCAGUUCCCUGGUUUUGAGUGCCCCUUUGAUGAUUUCAACAUCUGGGACUUGCUGAUCAAUGAGGAAAGUGACAAAGGGAUACCUCUUGAUCAUUCAUUAUCGUCUCCACUAAUGGGUUUUGAUCAAGGUUCUCUCCCAUACGAACUUUUCUGAUUAAUUUCCACUGUUUUUUUCCUUUUAAUUUUCAAUGUGGCUCUUAUUUGUUGUAAUAUUCCUUUCGGUUGUCAAUUACAAAGAGAUCUCUUUGUAUACGGACACUUUGUAUGUGAUGAAUGCAAUAGAAGUAUAAAUCAUUAUUCA